AUGGGACAUGUUCCUCGCUCUCGCCUAUCUACCGACAUGUCGGACGGGUGCUGUCUUGCUCCACUCUUCUCGACGUUGCCGCCGUUGCGGCGGCUUGUGGCCUUACCUGCCCCGAAUGCACCAAAACAAACCUGGGAGAAGGAGGAGGCCCUUGACGAAGCCGGGCGAGUGCGGAAGUGGAGCUCCGCGUUGUCGGACGGGUGCCCUGACGGCCUUCUAACCCUCUGCAAGGAUCAGCCUGGGUUGUUCAAAGAGUUGGUACAGGCGGGUGUUCCUACCGGCCUGAGAUGGGAGGUUUGGAAGGCAGCUUUGGGAGGUUUUUGCCGCCUUUUGGGCGAUGGCCAAUACGAAGAGCUUCUGCAGAAGAGCAGCGGCUGGGAGCCUCUCAUCGAGAAGGACUCAGCUAGGACCUUCCUCGUGCUGUCGUUUGACGACAUGGGCAGGCAUACGCAGUGUCUGCAGAACAUUUGCAAAGCCUAUGCGAACUCGAAUCCCGAAAUUGGAUAUUGUCAGGGCAUGAACUUCAUCGUCGGCUUGUUGCUGCUGGUCUCGGAUGGCGCAGAGGAGGAGACAUUUUGGGUGUUUGCAGCUCUCAUGCGCGAUCUGGAGCUUUCGGGGCUUUAUGCAGGAGGAUUUCCACUGCUGAGACGAUACAUGGAUGGAUUCGGUCAACUCAUGGCGGCUGUCCUUCCUCGACAUUCACUUCGAUUGCAAGCCGAGGAUAUCCACCUCGAAGAGUUCUUGCAGUCUUGGUACCUGUCCCUCUUUGUCACGUGCUUGCCGAAGGCAGCCGUCGUCGAGCUUUGGGAUGAAAUUAUUUGCCUUAGCGGCCUGCCCUCACUGGUCCCACUUUCUGUGGCGCUCCUUGAGUGCGUACCGACCGACUCCCAGAUGCGUGCGAAGCUGAAGUCGCUGAAUGAGGUCGUCGCAAGUAAGGCUUGUGCCAUCGCGCAGUUCCUGCGCAGGCGCUGCCGGGAGCUGAUGGGACAAAGCCAGGAACUUCUCAGCCGAAGUCGUGCGACGGUGGAGAUCUGGGAGACUUCCCGAGCCCUGGCCACAGCAGCAGCAGCCCCUGCAGCAGAGGCUGAGACUAGCUGUCAGCAGCUACAGAAAGAGCAGCUGGAAGCUGUUCAGUCAAGGAUAUCUGGUUGGGAGAAGGCAUCUGCCGAAGGUCGCUCUGUACUGCGGUACGGCAAGCAGGCUUCGACACUGCUGAAUCGGACCCUGAGCAGCUUUGAUGUGGCGGUCAGACCCAUUCCCUCUUUCCCUGGGUUGCAAUGCUCUCACCCUGGUGCUGUCGCCUCAUGGCGAGAGCAGCUCUAUAGAGGCGCCGCGGGACGUUUGGCAUGGGCCAGGGCCUCACUCUUGCCUGCGAACCGUGUUAUUGUGGUGUUCUGGCUUUACCUUCUGGUGGCAACAUGCUACCGGGUUCAUACCCUGAUAGCUACCAGCUCAGCCAGACUGUGUGAAGUUUGCCUUUGCCUGCAUGCUCGGCCUGCGCCACUGCCCCAUUCCGAUAGGCACAGGCCACAGAUGUCUAUCAAUCGAAGAAGUGCCCGAGCCAAGCACAAAGCCAUGGAGCCCCAGCCCAUGGAGGGCCCAGAGAAGCGCCCGCUUAGCGGCGUCGAGGCAGAGCUCCAGGCCGUCCGGCAGGGAGUGCAAGAUCUUGCCGAGCACUUGCGGGGGGAGCAGCAGAAAGCGUUCUGCUGCAUUGAGCAGCAGAUCUCGGAGCUUCGUGCUUUGAUGGAUGCUCGACCUCGGCUCGAUGCCGGCGCGCAGGCAGCGGCCGAGCUCCCUUCCGCCCCCACACGGCCUGCCGAACCUGCCGAGUACCAGAGCAUGUCGCUGGCAGAUGAGGUGCGCGCGCUGCGUGUCGAGAUGGAUGCCGUGAACCUCAAGAUGAUGUCGCAAGAGACGAUAUGUGCCAGCCAAGAUCCAAUCACACUCCCGUGCUCCGACAUGUCCACCUCUCGCGAAGUUUCCGAGAUCCAGACUCAAAUAGUGGAGGUGGUGCGGCGCGAACAAGAGGCUUUCCGGGACCGCUAUUUGCUGGAGGCAUCAAACUGUGCCGAGAGUGUCAAGAAUCUGGAGCUGACCAUGGGCCACGUGUCGCGAGAGCUGAACAAGCUGCUGCAGAAAGUGGGCGAGGAGGCGGAGGCUUCUCCGAACAGAGCCGUCACCUUCGAUGGCGUUCUGUGCAACUCAAGCAAGACCACCCUUCAGGGAGCCAGCUUCGAGGGUCGGGAUGAUGCUUCCCCAAGCAACUCUCCUGGAAGAGAGUCAAGCGUCACAGCCAUACAAGGCAUGGAGAGUGCUGCAACCUGUUCCCCGAUGGAGCCCACGGGAGGCCUGGUGCAGUGGUCAAGGCCCUCUCAGGGACCUUACGUGCCUGCACAGCAGCCAGUGAAUGUCCAUCAGGAGAUAGCAAGAUGUGGGCCACCAGUGUAUAGCAACGCACAGCCUGCCAACCUAUGGCGACGGAGCCUGGGGAACCCUUCAGUGCCUGCGCACACGCCUCCGCCGCCGUCGGCACCGAUUUAUUUCCGAUCGCGCAGCCAAGACGGACCAACACCGCCCGCACAGGACAGAGUCGUGAUAGCCACCAAGAUGACCUCGUCGGGCCAGGAGCAGACGACUACACCGAUCAAAUCCAUGCCCCGGAUGGUGGCCACUCCGCAGAUGGUUAAGGUGAUGGUGCAGACAAGGCAACGCGCUGAGCUGCAUUCGGAGGAGCCCAUCUCAACGCGCAAGAUGGUGAAAGAAGCGGACGAUAACAUCUUGCAGCAGUUCGAGCAGGCCAAAGACGAUGACCGCAACGUCCCAGCAGAGGCUGCGGGCCAGGACGUGGGCUGCGUUUCCAAAUCGACAGGGCCCCCGUCCGUCGCAUUUUCACAACAGUCCAGACAGUCCAGGCCGAGAUCGAACUCUGCAGAUCUGCAACGACGCGGCUGCAUACGGCGCUGUAUUUGGUACCAUUCGCAGCAGCCCGACUCGGCAAUCAUGCUGCCGUAUUGGUUGUUUGCCUACUGCUGCCAAGUGGUGCUAACUGCGGGCGCCUUCGUGUUCUUCCUAGUCCUGGGUACAGUGCUCUUGUUGCAGUCUGGGUCUCUCCAAGAGGUGAUCGUCCCAUACACUGCAAACAUAACAGAGAAGGAAUUCUCGAUAGAUCAAGCUUUUGAGGAUGAUGUGCUCGUGUACUACGACUUGAGUCUCCUCGCCAACCACAAAAGUUUCGCGGAAAGCAAAGACCGAAGGAUUGCCUACACAUUCCUGUCAGCGGCAACCUGCACCCAUGCGGACAGCCGCUCUUGGGUUAGGCUACGCCGGGGCGUCGACACCACUUUCGUGACCAAGGUAGAAGCUGCGGAUGGUGAUGACCUGAUUCCCUGCGGUCUCGUGUCGCUUUCCAUGUUCACGGACAACUUUACCUUUUACCAAGAUACAACUGCUGGCUGGGAAAGGUUGGAUGCCAAUGAAUCUGAUAUCGCCAUUGCAUCAGACGAGGAAGCGUACGGGAAGAUCAAUUCUCCGCUUGAAGGCGAGGAGCGCUUUUACAUAGAGGAGUCGGACCGAAGGACACAGACCUGGCUGACCCCAAGCUUCUUUGAGCACUGGAAGGUGUGGUACCGAACUCCGGUUUCCCCACAUGUUCGCAAUCUGUGGGCGGUAAUCAAGGGAGGACUACCUCAAGGGAGCUACAAGGUGCAGUUUCAGGAGAAUAGUCAGAUCUGGCAUGACUGGGGAGUGGCAGAGAAACGGCUCAUUCUUGCUCAGAGGAACGGCCUUGGCAACCGAGGGGCUCUCGGAGCCAUGGGAGGACUGUGUCUUGCUCUAGCUGCCGUGGAGGUGGUUGCUUUGGUGGCCAUGCUCCUGACUCCACGGUUUUGUCGCUCCUCCAGGCCUGCGGUGCAACCCGAGCGCCAACAUCUUUGA